UAGGAUGUUGAGUACAACCAUGAUAUUCUUUUACAUAGUCCUGUUUAUCCUACAAGAAUAUAUCUCCCAGCAGUUAUCUGUAUUCUGAACUCAUGGUGUGUGUUCAUCUGGCCUUCGUAUCAGCAUUUCCUUGUGAGAAACAAUGUCGGAAGUAAUAACUAAGUUUGCUGUUGCAUCAAUGUUCAUGUGGAUGGCCCCAGUUGCAAUCAUCUAUGCUUUUUACCACCAGAUUUUUCCAGGUGUGAGUCAGCUGUCAUCCUCAGCGCAAACACUGGCCAGUGGGUUCCUUGCUGUCAUAUCGGUUAAUAUUGUGAUCGGCUUCUACAUAUACUCCGCGAUGAAGGAGACUCCCCGCCAAGAGCCACAGCCUGAUGCAACCUUCUUAGCCAACGCUAAAGCAAGUAUUAACCAGCCAACAUCUUCUCAAGUGAGUGAUGAUUCUCAGGGGAAGGGGAAAGUGGAGUAGGCUGUAGCACAACUUGACGCGGGUUUUCUUUCAUUGUACACAUGUUAUUCAGAGUCAGUUGUGUUAUGUGAAUAAAGCAACGUCACACCCUUUCAGUUAGACCACCACUGUCAAUUUUGAGAUGUACAAAACCAGUAUAUGAAUAAUUCGUAUGUGUAAUUCUGCACUUGCCUGAACUCAUGGUGAAGUAAUGUGUUCCUUACUAGAGUUUGUUUGCAA